AUCCUUUGUAAACCAACUCCAUUAGAAUCAACUCAUCUUCAAGAUAAAGAACUUCUAGCUGGUCAAGAUUAUUUACGUUUACAUCCAGUCUCAGAUACUGUAUUUUUUAUAUUUACAAAAGGUAUAUUUGAUUAUGAACAGAUUCAAUAUGCUUCAUUAUUAAUUGAUUGUUAUGAUUUAGCUGAUAUAGAUCUAUUCAAUAAAGUAAAUUUCACUUUACAACACUUCCAUGAGAAGGAUCUAUUGAAUCAUCUAUAUCAAUUUCGUAUCACUGUAGCUAUCUCUGAUCAAAAUGAUAAUAUACCUAUAUUUAAACAAUCCAAAUAUUAUAUUAAAAUACCAGAACAUCUAUCAGAUGGAUCAUAUAUUACUGAAAUGAAAGCCUAUGAUUUAGAUAAAGGUGAAUAUGGACAAUUAACUUAUCAAUUAAAAUCAAUUACAUUCAAUUAUAUUGAUGAUGAUCAUGAUUCUGAUCAUGAUGAAGAGGAUCCAGAUCAUUCGAAGUAUUCAAAACAUCCACAAGAAUAUGAACAACCAUUUCAAAUUGAUCCAUUCAAUGGUAUCAUUACAGUAUUACAUAAUCAUUUAUUAGAUCGUGAACAAAUUGAAUAUUUUCAUUUAACUAUAUUAGCUAUAGAUAAAGGAAAUUUAACUACUCAUACACAAUUAAUCAUACAAUUAAUCGAUAUUAAUGAACAUUUACCAAUAUUAUAUAAUAAUAAUAAUCAUGUCAAUAUUGAUUUUCAAGAAAAUCAAAAAAUCAAUACUUUUAUUGAUUUUAUACACUUAAUUGAUUUAGAUAAAGAUUCCAGAAAUUCAAUGAUACAUUUAUUAUUAGAUAAUAUUCCAUCAAUCAAUCAUCCUUCGAUCGAUAACCAAUCAAUCGAUAAUCAAUCAAUCAAUCAUCAAUAUAAUCAUUAUAUUAAAAUUAUACCCGAUAUCAAUUUUCAUUAUAAACAAAUCAAUCAAAAGGAAUUAAUGAAUGAAUAUGAAUUAAAAGCAAUAUUGAUUAAUCAAUUAAUUAUUGAUCGUGAAAAAAUCAAUAAAAUUUUUUAUGAAAUUAUUACAUAUAAUACUGAUAAUAAUAAUAUAAAAUCAAUCAAUAGUAUAACAUAUACAUUAACUAUCAAUAUAUUAGAUGAAAAUGAUAAUAUACCAAUAUGUAUAUAUCCUAUUUAUAAUAGUGUUAUUGGUGAUUAUGAUCCAGAUCAAGAUCCAGAUCCAGAUCAAGAUCAUUCCAUAAUGAUUUAUACAAAUACACCAAUUUAUACAUUCGUUAUACAAUUGAAAGGUUAUGAUCCAGAUCAUGGCUUAAAUGGUACUAUUUUAUAUCAAUUAAAUCCAUUGACUAAUGGUAGUCAAUAUUUUUAUUUAAAUGAAUCGAAUGGUAAAUUAUAUACAAAUUGGUUCAUGGAUUCAGCAUAUGAUUCCACAAUGUUUAAUAUGGAUACUAAUCCAUCAUAUGAUCCACCUAUUGAAGGGAUCUAUCAUAUCAAGAUAUCACUUAAAGAUAUGGGUAUACCAUCUUUAUCAUCAAAUGAAACACAAUUUUUUAUUAAAAUUCAUUCAUCUAAUCCAUCGAUAAUCAACAAUCAAUCAAUCCUUCAUUCGAAUCAGGAAACAAUGACAUUUUGGUUAUCUAAUCAUUCUCUUCAGAAUCAUCAAUUUUUAUGGAUUUUAUUGAUUAUUUCCAUGAUAUUAUUGAUUAUUAUUAUAAGUAGUAUCAUGAUAUGGAUACAAUCUUAUUGUAAACAAAAAUUCAAUCAUCCAAUUAUCAUAUCAACAACAACAACAACAAGAACAACCAAAAAUCAUCAUCAAUCAUUAAAGAAACCAUAUCUAAUUAAUUGUUUAUCGACGAAUAAAAAAUAUCAAUAUUCGUCGAAAAUCAAUAAUCAUCAUCAUCAAUCGAUUUGGCCAGAUACAAAUAUCAUUCAUCAAUCAAUAAAUGAUCAUCUAAAUGUCAAUACUACUACUAGUAGUGAUACUACUAUUAAUACUACUUAUAAUGAUCCUUUUGAUUACUCAAAUCAUUUACAUACAAAUCCAGUCUGUUCAUUACCUUUCUCAUAUGACACUGGUAACCAUAGCAACAACCACAACACUAAUGAUUAUUACUACAAUAAUAAUAAUCAGUUGAUAGGACAAAAAUAUACUUCAAUAAAUACAUCAAAUCUAUCAAUUAAUCAUUUGAAUAGUUCUAUGAAUGGAACAUUGACAAAUGAUCAUUUUAACCAUGAUGUACAUAUACAAUCAUCAUUACAUAGAACAAUUGGAAAUUCUAUUGAUUAUUCAACAUGUACGAAUUCAUAUUUAUCACAUACAUAUUACCAUAGUUAUUAUGAUGAUCAAUGUAAGUGA